AACACAGAUCGGCGUGGGUUUUGGUGGAUAUAUUUGUUGAUGGCGUGGGUCUACUUGUUGUUUUUGAGUAUUCGAUCAGAAAAUAAUUGUCUGCAGAGGACAGGCUUCACAAAGAUAUUGAAACAAGUAUAUGAGAAGUUUGUAAUUACCACUAGCUGUAUUUUAUCUUGUUUCCCAGUGAAAAGACAGUGUUUUAGGGUCAAGCUGGUGCUCAUCAAUAAGAACCCCUUUCAUCAUUGUCAAGGAUGACACAACAGUAUAGCCUGCGGUGGAACAACCACCAGCCAAACUUCAUAUCAAUGUUCACGUCGUUGCUGAAUAGUCAGACGUUGGUGGACGUCACGCUGGCGGCGGAGGGGCAGCAGCUGAAGGCACAUAAACUGGUGCUCUCCGCUUGCAGCACAUACUUUCAUUCUUUGUUCGUGGACAACCCGUCGCGACAUCCGAUCGUGAUACUGAAAGACGUGACGUUCGCCGACCUGCGCACUAUGGUCGACUUUAUAUACUACGGGGAGGUGAACGUGACAGAGGAUCAGCUUCCCAAGGUGCUGGACACCGCCAAGAUGCUGAAGGUGAAGGGCCUCACGGAGAUGCCGGACUCGACGUCGCUGACGCGCGCGCACGGCUCCAUGGACGCGCCGCGCGCCGACCCGCCCCCCUCACCGCCCUCCUCGCCGACGGCCAGGCGGAAGAGACGUAGGAGAAGUUCUAAUGGGUCCACGUGUAUCGCGUUGGAGGGCGAACGUGCGGAAGAAGCGCCCACCAUGGACAUGUGUCGCGGGGGCGGCGGUGGGGGCGCGGGCGCCGGCGUCGGGGGUGGCGGCGGCGGGGGCGGGGGCGCGGGCGGGGCAGGCAGCGGGGGCGACACGGUCACACUGAGCAGUGUGCCGCAACAGAAACGAGACUACGACGAACGCAUCGAGAACAUACAACCGGCGACCGAUAACAUGAACGUAGAACCGCUGGACAUGGAGGCGAACGAAGCUAUGGCGCAACAAGGCUGGACCAUGAUGGAGCACCACGGCUACACGCGAUACACCAACGCAUGUUUCGGCGGGCUGCAGCAGGACGCCAACGGGGCGCUGUAUAUGGGCGGGGUGGUGGGGGGCAAACAGCUGGGCGAGUACGGCGGCGAGCAGCUCGGGGAGUACGGGGCGGGGCUGGUGGGGUCGUCGGCGGGGCCCGCGCUGCCCGCGCCCGCGCCGGAGCCCCCCGCGCCCCGCCGCCGCCGCACCACCAACCCGCAGGCCGAACAGAACUUCCAGCGGGCACUGGAGGCGGUGCGCUUCGGCGGCAUCGGAUUCUGCAAAGCGGCCCGCCUCUUCGGAGUCAACAACCGCACUCUGUGGCUCGAAUACAAGAAACGAGGGUACCCGAACACGCGGCCCAGCAUCAAGAACAGAAUAAAGCGCGAGAACAACACCCCCGACCUGAAGGAGGAGCUGCAGACUAAGCAAGAGCAGCAGAUGCUGUUCUGUCCGCCGGCGAGCUGUGCCCCGGUCAGCUGUCCACCGGUGCCGGUAGGCUUCAUCGAGUCCCGCCCGGUAGACUUCCAGACGAUACCGCACACCUCGCCGCUGAACAUCCUCGGCGUCAACUUCACCGCCGCGAUGCAAUAGAACGCGGCCUGCGGCGCCCUCGGCGUCGACUCCUACGCAUUGUGACACGAGUGGGAGGGGGCGGAGCCACCCCCCGCCGCGCCCCCUCCACCACCACCACCCGCCGCCGCCGCCGUUGCCGCCGCCGCCUCCUCCGCCACAGGCACACGGGACGUAUACAUGCACGUGGCGCUCUAGGACCACUAGAGACUAGCCCACACGCACCUAGUACACUGUAACACGUCACUCUCGACAUACUUAAAAACCCAGUGCGUCUGCCCGCAGAGACCCGUAUCGUAUCACAAUACUUUAUAGUGACUUACAUUAAGUUACUUAUUAUUAUUAAGCUGAUCGACCG